UUAAUUUGACCGACUUAAUUUUUUCAGAUUGACAUAAUCCUGGGUAAAGAUGAAUCAGGCCGAGGUUGGGAAAUUGAUUUCUCAAAUGAGGUUCAAGGUACAACCCAAACCCUGGUUACUGGUCUCCAAGGAGUCAUUGAAUCGAGGGAUGAGAGGACAGCUCCUCGCCACCAGGAAGUCCGUGACGGCCCUCAUCAAAGACGAGAGGGUGGAGUUCACAUACGGUCGAGGAGUUGUUGCCCGGGAGUAUACAGAGAGAUUACUCCAGGAAGCUGUUGCACACGGAGAUAAACACAUUCCAACCAUGGACCUGGCGAGCUGGUGGCUCACGGAUAAAUCAUUAGUUCAUAAAUUGUUUAAGGUUUUGGUUCCAAGGUUCCAGGAUAUGUCCUGCUCCUAUACCAGGAUGCUCAAGGCUCCGAUGGUCUAUAAACCGGAAGGUGGUCCCAUCGAGGGGAAAGAUAGAGUUGUCCUGGAGCUCCGAGGAAACCCGUUCCCUCCUCUUUUUUACAGUAAUACUGAACCUAACCGGGCUCAUAUUCACAAUGUUCUGCUCAACGAGGCGAGACGAGAAGCGAGAUUACAAAAAGAAUAUAAUUUAAACCAAGGAGCUAAAUAAACAUCAUGAUAAACCUAAAUAAUUAUGCAUUUCUAUUUCAGA